AUGAAGCCCUCUAUUCUUUUGCCACUCUAUGCUGCGAGCUUGGUUACAGCCGUAGCGAAUGUGCACGAUCCUCAGGUCGUGCUACAAGAUUCCCAGCCGACUGUCGCCGAGCCAGAGCAGUAUCUCAUCGAGCUGUCGCCUGGCGAGACGCGAUACAUCACUGAAGAUCAGAAGUGGGAGCUCCGAAGAGCAGGCAUCAACUUCUUUGACAUCACCGACACGCCUCACCUAGGAGCUUUGAACCACGAGAUAGGAAUCCAGAGCGUCAAGUUCCCCUCCAAGACCGCCCACAAUGAGACCGUCCGACCGCUCCUCAAGGAGCUCAAGAAGAACAACAUGCGCAAGCACUUGGAGAAGUUCACAUCCUUCCACACCCGGUACUACAAGUCGGAGUACGGCGCGCAGUCGUCUGCAUGGUUGCUGAAGCAGGUGCAAGACACGUUGAAGCACGCAGGUGCAAUCGAUCACGGCGCCUCUGUUAAGGCAUUCCCGCACCCGUGGGGCCAAAACAGCAUUAUCGCCACCAUCCCUGGCAAGAGUAACAAGACUGUCGUCAUCGGUGCGCAUCAAGACAGCAUUAACCUCUUCUUGCCUUCCUUACUUGCUGCUCCUGGUGCAGACGACGACGGAAGCGGAACCGUAACAAUUCUCGAGGCACUUCGCGUGCUGUUAAAGUCUGAGGAUAUUGUGAAAGGCAAGGCCGACAAUACGGUCGAGUUCCAUUGGUACUCUGCCGAGGAGGGUGGCUUGCUGGGCUCGCAAGCAAUUUUCCAAUCCUACGAGAAGGAUGGCAAGGAUGUCAAGGCUAUGCUGCAGCAGGACAUGACCGGCUACGUGCAGAAGACCAUUGACGCUGGAGAGCCAGAGAGCGUGGGAGUCAUCACGGACUACGUCGACCCAGGCCUGACUGAGUUCAUCAAGGAGGUCAUCACAGAAUACUGCGAGAUCCCAUACAUCCUCACCAAGUGCGGCUAUGCAUGCUCUGACCACGCUAGCGCUUCCAAGGCUGGCUAUCCAUCUGCUUUUGUCAUUGAGUCAGACUUCAAGUACUCGGACAACAAGAUCCACACCACCGAAGACAAGAUUGAAUACCUCAGCUUUGACCAUAUGCUGCAGCAUGCUAGGCUUACUCUGGGGUUGGCUUACGAGCUCGCAUUCGCCGAGUUCAAGUAG